AUGGCAUCCACAAACCCCGGCAACUUCGCCAACCGCCCCACCGAAGAAGUCCGUGAAAUCGCCAGCAAAGGCGGUCAUGCCUCCCAAGGCUCAGGCGCUACCUCUGCGUCCACCACAUCCGACAACCCGGGAAACUUCGCCAACCGGCCUACAGAAGAAGUGCGCGAGAUCGCCAGCAAAGGGGGACAAGCUCGCGCAGCGCACUUGCGCGAGGGCGAACCAGAGCCAGAGUUGGCGGGAAAUGGCAAUCCGGGGAACUUUGCUAAUAGGCCGACGGAGGAGGUUAGGGAGAUUGCUAGUAAAGGGGGGCAGGCGAGAGCUGCGCAGUUGAGCGAGCCAGAGCCAGAGUUGGCGGGGAAUGGCAAUCCGGGGAAUUUUGCGAAUAGACCGACGGAGGAGGUUAGGGAGAUUGCUAGUAAAGGAGGUCAUGCUCGAGCAGCAUAG